AAUUUUUAUGUCCUUCAAGUUCCUCCGCCAACUCGCGCGCAUACCUGGGUGCAUACGCGUGCACGCCCCUCCAUUAGCUCAGUCGACGUGGGGGACGACGUACCGCCGUAGAGACAGUUCAAGGUACAUUCUCCGGAGAUAUCUGCACGGGACUCCUAUACGACAGCACGGACAGAUCACACGCCCGGAGCCAGGAACAGGUAUAAAACUCCAUUUCAAAGAUCACAAGGGAAAUCCCAUAAAGACGAUCGAAGCUCGCGAAGGCGACGACAUUUUAUCACUCGCCCACGAAUGGGACAUAGACUUAGAAGGUGCCUGUGAAGGCUCGAUAGCAUGCUCCACUUGCCAUGUUAUCCUCCAGCCGGAGACGUAUGACACCCUUCCAGAACCCUCCGACGACGAGAAUGAUAUGCUCGACCUCGCAUUCGGACUCACCGACACCAGUCGUCUUGGGUGUCAGGUGCAGGUCACGAAAGAGAUGGACGGCACGGAGAUUCGGCUUCCGAGCGCUACGAGGAACAUGUUCGUGGACGGGAAAAAACCAACACAUCAUUAAUCCACACAUUGGUUCAUUGUCGUCUAUCUCGACCCGCCGAGAUCGCGAACGAGGAGUGUGGGAGUUCAUUACUCGACCAAGAUGCUUUUCCUGAGAAAGCCAUACGUAUGAAUUGGCAAGGCGUAUGUUCUGGCUAAUU